UUUUAUUUUUUGAAUUUUAUAUUUCGUGGCUAAAAACCGGUUUUCUCCCUACAGCCACGAAAUUGCCAUGUACAACUCCUGAUGCACGACGUAUAAUACCAACCGAAGAAAAAAAGGCAAAUUUUCCCACAUACAAAUUUCAGGCGAUAAACUUGGAAAUGGAGGAGACGAAAUCGAGCGCGCAAUUCGACGACGACGAAGAUGCAUUUCAUGAUGCGCUCGACGAAUUCGAGUUUUACGAUUGCCGGGAGAAUUUUUCCGAUCCAAUCGAAUCCAAUCGUGAUGAAUCAAUCUCAGAUCCCGGCCCUUAUCCACCUCUGGAAGACAAAUCCCCGCCGCCGGCGGUUCUACGCCGUCGCAGGUCUCGUUCGAGUAAAAAAUCAUCUGGGGAUGACUCGGCGAAGCUCGGCACGCCGGAAAGUGUGGACAAAUACUUGAGAGAGAGAAAGGUAUCGCUUUCUCGGAAAUUCGAGGAAUACGAGAAGGGAUUGGAGGACACGAAACUUGCUUUGCUGAGGAAUGAGAUGAGCGAAGAGAAAUCGACGAUAACGGAUGCGAACGCUGCAGCUCGUGUUGAAGAAUCGAACUCGAGAGGAAGUGAUGACUCGAAUUCGAGCCUUCUGUUCACGCUGGCCGGUAUAGUAAUCAAGCCCAUCAGCUUCCAAAUUCAUUUGCUAGUCAAAAUUUUUACGUUUACGAUUCGAUUGGCGUAUUACUCGUACAUGAUUGUGUUUAACCCUUUGGGGCUUUUGAUGGCAUUCAGAGGGUAUAUAAUUCAGCAAUUGAAAAAAAUUUGGAACCUUAUGUUUGGAAUUGUUUCAGAAUAUGUGUACGAAUGGUUGAAAGAACAGCGAGCGAUUUGGAAACUUGGUUUGAAAUGUGGUUGGGGAUUGUUGUGGUCAGCUUAUGUGUGUGCUGUGUUGGUUGGAUUGUUGAUGUCAGCGUUUGUGAUGGGCGGAGUACUGAUAAAAGUGGUGGUGGAGGAGCCGAUUAGGAUGAGUAGGAGCUUGAAUUUCGAUUAUUCGGAGAAGAGCCCAGUAGCAUUGGUGCCGAUUAUGUCCAAUGUGAGGAUGAAUCAGGAUGUGAAGCAUCUUGUGGAGAAGCCUGAAAUCAUGAAGUCCGGCAGAUCAAGGGUCGUGCCACGUGAUCACGGGGUGCAGGUUACUGUAUCUUUAACGUUGCCUGAGUCUGAAUACAACCAACAUCUUGGGAUAUUCCAGAUCAGAGUAGAUUUCCUUGCUGCUGAUGGCCAAAUACUCGCAACAUCACGACGUCCAUGUAUGCUGCAAUACCGGAGCCAGUCAAUCCGCCUCCUGCUUACUUUCCUCAAGGUUGCCCCAAUUCUGACCGGCUACACAUCAGAAACCCAGUAUCUGAAAGCAAACUUCAAAGAUUUCACCGAAGGCGACCCCCCAACUGCAUGUUUAAGGGUUGUGCUUGAGCAGCGAGCUGAAUAUUCCCCCGGUGCUGGUAUCCCGGAAAUAUACAGCGCGUCUCUUACUCUUGAGUCCGAACUCCCUCUCCCAAAAAGGAUCUUGUGGUUCUGGAAGAAAACACUGUUUGUGUGGGUUAGCAUGACUGUGUUUAUGAUGGAGUUGGUUUUUGCUCUCCUCUGUUGCAGACCACUCAUUAUCCCCAAAAUAAGACUCUGGGAAGCCACACCUAGAGAUGCCGCCUCUCACCAUGAUCGUCCCCGUCAAAGCUGAAAUGGCGAGGAACAGCAAUAACACUCAUGCACUAGGGGCGAUUCAUGUUGUACCUUGUUCUUUCCUUGUUUGUACUCGACAGUCGACACACACUGCAUAUUUGGGCGUAGAAGGCGAAAGAUAUGCUGCUUGUCUUCUAACUCCACAUAUUUGUAUGUAUAUUUUUUCACAUUUUGAAGUAGUAGCCAAAAUUGUAUAUAUAGUUAGGACCAAUAUUUUUCCUUCACAUUUUUUAGAUUAUGAACUCACCCGCUAAUGUAUAAGAGCAUUAUGUAUGCUUGUUUCCUUUAUCAGAUUGUUUAAACUUGAGCCCAA